AUGGUUGAUAAUAAAGUGAUAAUAAUACGCGAAAAAUGGCAUUCGAUCCUAAGCGAAGAAAUACCUUUGAUCGAACCCUACCAUUAUGUUAAACUCAGCAAAAUUCUUCAUCCUCCAAAAUUAUCGGUUUAUGAAAAGGGUGGGAGUGUAAUUGCGGUUCUUCCAUACAUUCGACAAAAAGUGAAGAUGUGGGGAGCUCAAGUUCUUAAAGCAGAAAAUAUCAAGACUUUGAUCGAGGAAGAUGACGACGCUUCAGAUAUUUCUGAUGAGGAAUUUUCUGAUAUGGAUGAUUUCCAAGAUGAAAAGAAAAACAAAUUGUCUCGAUUUGAUUGCAUUGCUAGUUUACUCGCAUCUGCUGAAUGUACUGUAGCUCAAGACAUCUUUCGAACCUUGUCUCAAUUCCCAAUUACAUUUCCCUUGAUAAUGCCUGAAUUAGACAGAGGGAAAAGGUUUAAAGUUAUGCUUCCUUUGUUUACUGGUCCGGUUAUUAAAUGGGAAACAAGUCCCGGAACGAUCAUUGAAAACCACCUUUUCAAUGAUCCAUUCAAGUUAAUUGUUGCCAUUCGGAUUGGAACGAAUUCCCAAGGCAAAAGCAGUAUUCUUAAUCAGUUGAUGGCUUCAAACUUUAUGUUCUCUUCAUGUUCCGAACCAAGAGCAGAAUAUGGGGUUCCACAUAUGAUCAGCGGAAGUGUCGAGUUUACUUGGUUGACUCAAGAAACUUGUGAAGUGGGUUUAUGGAACGAUGUUUUCGAAAAUUACUAUAAGGGAGGGGCAAAGGAAAUUGUAUUGCUCGCAAAUUUACAUGGUGAUGCCUUAGAUUAUCCAGAUCAAAUUAAGUAUUUAAUUCAAUUUUCUUCUAGCUUUUUGGUUUUUUUAAUGCCUGGAUGCACCGAAAAUCAAAUCGACGAAUUCGAAGCCAUAGUUGAUCCCAAAAAGGUGAUAUACGGUUGUGUGAAUCAUCGAAAAUUCCCAGAUAAAAAGAAAUAUACAAUUGAUAUCAAAUCUUUAACGAAAGAUAAAACGUUGAAAAAAGUUCGUAUGAUGUUUAAAGAAGCCUUAAGUUUCGAUACUUCAUUUUUCAACGCCGAAGAGUUAAGACUGGGAAGAUCACUCCAAUUAACUGAAGGUAUUGAGCUUACUGAGUCCCAGCUUUUGAUAGACUUCGUCAAAGAGAAAACUUGCCGUCACAUUAAGCUGGAAGUUAUGCAACUUCAGAGAAAACAGUUGAAUGAUGGGAUGCAAAUCUUGCAAAAUAAUGUAGAAUUGCAAUUAUUGGUACGUUUAUACUUGAACAUAUUAAAAUUACCUCUCAGCAAAAGAAGACGAGCCCUAGCGCAUCUUGAAAGAGAAGUAUCUAGGCUUUCGAUGAUAGAAUCCUCUAAAGCUCGAAAUCAGGCUGUAUUGAAAAGAGAAGAAUUACGUAAAUCUAGCUUGGUCAAUAGGAAUCAGGAAAAUGAGAAAAGAAUUCGAGAAGAAAUUGCACAACUUUGGGUGGAAGUUGAUAAUAUGAGUUUGGGCAUGGAACACUUUUUCCGUGAAUUGGGUCAAUUCUAUAAAGUUUAUUCUGUCAAUGAUCCAAAUAACGAAAUAAGGUUGAACCUACCAGAAUAUUAUGCCGAAUUACUAAUUAGCGGUCACACCAUAGAAUUACUUGAUGGUGAUGCUGGAACUAUAUCUGAAGCUUGGUUCUCAGCUAUUUGUGGGCAUAUUAACAAAAAAUUUCCCGAUCUUAGAGUUUUCGUGAUCAGUAUACUUGGCUUACAAUCAUCGGGAAAAUCUACUCUGUUGAACGCUCUUUUCGCAUGUAGAUUUGCAGUUUCAGUUGGACGUUGUACUAGAGGUCUUUUUAUGCGACUAUUAUUCUUGGAGAAAGAUUUGUCUGAUCAACUUAAUAUUGACGCAAUUAUCCUGAUUGAUACUGAAGGUCUUGGUGCACCAGAAAAGAUGGACGACCCAGAUUCAGAAAAGAAAGAUCGAAUAUUAGCAACUUUUGCAAUGGGUGUAAGCAAUUUAACAAUUCUUAACGUUCUCGGAGAAUCAAUGCGAGAUUUGACCGAGAUUUUACAGAUAGCAAUUGUAACGAUGGCACGUCUUGAAAAGGCUGGAAUAGCUCCUGAUAUUCUUAUGGUGCAACAUAUUUCUGAACGAAACACAUCAAGACUGUCAGAACCAGAAGAAAAGUUUCGAGGCGCCCUUCAAGAGGCUUUGAAAAUAGCUGAAGAACAAGACAUUGAAAUGGGAAUAUCCAAUACGGAAUGCCUACAAAUUCUUGAUAAAAGAAUUAAGAAGGGUCAACUUCUUAAACAAUUUCGACCAUUUAAAAAUGGUGCAACUGCUUAUGCUCCACCUUCAGAGCAAUAUCACGAGGAUGUUGUCAAUUUAUACAAUUCUAUAAUUGACGAUUGCAAGAAUUCACAAAGGAAAAUCAAAUUUUUAGAUUGGUAUUCGUUAACACAAAAUUACUGGAGCGCAGUCUCCCAUGAGGACUUUGCAGUUCGUUUCAAAAAUAUCAGAGAAAUUUAUGAAUUUAUUGAUCUUGGUAAACAAAUCACAAAAUUGAAAGAAACAAUUGACAGAGCGUUCCUAAAACAUGAGAAAUUGAUCACGCGGGAAAUUCGUUCUAAGCUUCAGAAUUGGACUCCCAAUGAUAGUUCAAACGUAAAUUUGCGCAUCCAAAAUGAAUGUUUGGAACUGAUCGAAAAAGGAGUGAAGGAUGUUACAGAUUGCGGAAAUGCUAACUGUGUAGAAUGCGAAAAAACAAAAAAGGAAAGAAUUGAAUUGGAAGAUUAUCUUAAGAAUAAAAAUAACGAGAAUUGUGAAGUGGAAACUAAGCAAACGAUUGAAAAUUACGUCAAACUUAAUCGUGAAUCUUCAUCCACAAAACUUAAUCAAAUGCUCGAGGCCGGCUUUAUCCGAAAAGGAAUUUCAUCUGAUUCUUUUGAAAUCAUCAACAAACAAUUAGAAGUAAUCCUAAGAAACAUGCCGAGCGGAGGACUGUCUAGCAAUCAACGUGAACAAAAAGUUAAAGAAAUAUGGAACUUAUUGAGGAAUCAUAUAAUAUUAAAGAAUAACGUUAUACCUGUAACGGAAUAUAUAGAUAAAGAGUAUGAAUUCGUGUAUGGGUUAAUGCCGUUAUACCUUCGUCACAAGUACAAAUUUGGAAUUCUUCCGGAUUUAACCAAAUGUUGUGCAUAUAAAUAUCUAAAGUAUCUGUUGUCACAAUGUUUACAGGAAGGACAUAUCCAUGCACUUCAGGAAACACUCGAUAAUUUAGCAGAUUUGAUCUUUGAAAAUAGAGAUGCUCGACAUUUUUACACCGGAAUUAUACGUGAUGUCAAGAUGAACAUAGACAAAAUCCUCUCCGAUUUUUCAAAGAAGCUUGAUGUAAAUUUUUUGCCAGAUUUCAAGUGGAAUGUUCACUUAUACGCUUUAUUAAAUUUUAAACCAGUAAUUGAGAGUUUACAGGAAAAAUGGAAUAAAGAAAAUACUCCACUUGGAAUGUUUGACCAGAAGAAGGAGGAAUAUUUAAAAUUAAUUGAUACUCGGCUUCAAUACGGGCAUACUCUAAUUUCCGAAGGCCAUAUCGUUGGUGAUUAUUUGUUGAGGGUUAUUAAUAAAACGGCAAUGGAUGCAGGCAAUAAUGAACGAGUAGUAGCGGUAUGUGAUAUUCCUUGGUUGUCUUGCGCUGAGUUAAUUAGACUCAAAUACUUUGAGAAACUUGCUGAACAAGUUCAAAACGGUAAUAAAGAAGAAGCUAUACAAUAUUUUUUAGGUCCAAAACGACGCAUAGAAGACUGGUUUAGAAGUACGGUUGAUGGCUAUGCAGUAGGAAAUCCACGAAAAAAAUUCAAUGAAACUUUUAAUGGAGAAUUCGAUCGAGUUCUUCAAGAUAUUCGUAACUGUAAAAACUUUGAUGAAAUCAAAAGAUCUGUAAAUGAUUAUAUGACACAAGUUGAUGACAUAGACUACAAAUUGAAUCUUCAUAGCUCAUUCACCAAAGAUGAUUUCAAAAUAUUUCAACGCACUAUCGAGGAGGAACUUAGAACCAAAGGGAAUAGUCGUUAUCCGAAACAAGAGCCUUUUCAAAACCCGUCCAGAAAUAAAUCAGUAAUGGAACGGCUUGGGUGUACGGAAGCAUGUUAUAGAUGCGGGGCUCUUUGCUGGGGUUCUCGGGGUCAUCAUGUAAAUAGUGACGUAACGAAAUUACAUCAUACUAGUCAUCAACCCGAAGGUCUUACAGGAAUGGGUUAUGCAUAUACGCAUAAUCUUGUUGCAGUGCAAUGUCAUAAAUGGAAAGAGAAUGAUCUUUUUGGCGAGGUGAAUAAGCGAACAUGGACUCAAUUGAAAGCUGAAUGUUAUUCAGAUUGGAUAUUUGAACCUCACUACACAGAACAUUUUAACGACCUUAUGUGCUGGUUUUUUGAAAAAUUGCAGGUAGAUCUGGCAAAAGCUAGGAAUGCAAAACCAGCAACUUAUAAUGAAUUGAACAGUAAUGAAUCUGAAAAAUCAGAUAACAAUGCUGAUUCUAAUCCAGUGGAAAUCGAAUCACGUAUUUCAAUUAAUGAUGCAUUUACCUUUAGUUGA